AAAUAUGUACCUAGGGCCAUCCUGGUGGACCUAGAGCCGGGCACAAUGGACUCAGUCAGGUCUGGACCAUUUGGGCAGAUUUUCAGGCCAGACAACUUCGUGUUCGGCCAGAGUGGUGCAGGCAAUAACUGGGCAAAGGGCCACUACACAGAGGGUGCUGAGCUGGUGGACUCCGUCCUGGAUGUAGUAAGGAAGGAGUCUGAAAGCUGUGACUGUCUCCAGGGCUUCCAGCUGACCCACUCACUGGGGGGAGGCACAGGCUCAGGCAUGGGAACCCUGCUCAUCAGCAAGAUCCGAGAGGAGUACCCAGACCGCAUCAUGAACACCUUCAGCGUCAUGCCCUCACCCAAGGUCUCUGACACCGUGGUGGAGCCCUACAAUGCCACCCUCUCCGUGCACCAGCUGGUGGAGAACACAGAUGAAACCUACUGCAUUGACAACGAGGCCCUGUAUGACAUCUGCUUCCGCACCCUCAAGCUGACCACACCCACAUAUGGCGACCUCAACCACCUGGUGUCAGCCACCAUGAGUGGGGUGACCACCUGCCUGCGCUUCCCAGGCCAGCUGAAUGCAGAUCUGCGCAAGCUGGCUGUGAACAUGGUGCCCUUCCCACGCCUGCACUUCUUCAUGCCAGGCUUCGCACCCCUGACCAGCAGGGGCAGCCAGCAGUACCGGGCCCUGACAGUGCCUGAGCUCACUCAGCAGAUGUUCGACUCCAAGAAUAUGAUGGCCGCCUGUGACCCACGCCAUGGCCGCUACCUGACCGUGGCUGCCAUCUUCCGGGGCCGCAUGUCCAUGAAGGAGGUGGACGAGCAGAUGCUCAAUGUGCAGAACAAGAACAGCAGCUACUUCGUGGAGUGGAUCCCCAACAACGUGAAGACGGCCGUGUGUGACAUCCCUCCCCGGGGCCUCAAGAUGUCUGCCACCUUCAUUGGCAACAGCACCGCCAUCCAGGAGCUGUUCAAGCGCAUCUCGGAGCAGUUCACUGCCAUGUUCCGGCGCAAGGCUUUCCUGCACUGGUACACUGGCGAAGGCAUGGACGAGAUGGAGUUCACCGAGGCAGAGAGCAACAUGAACGACCUGGUGUCUGAGUACCAGCAGUACCAGGAUGCCACUGCAGAUGAGCAGGGCGAGUUCGAGGAGGAGGAAGGCGAGGAUGAGGCUUGA